AUGAGUCACUAUCUUUGUCUCCCUCUGCUGGUUGUGCUCCUGCAGCCAGCUGUGUGUCUCUACAACUGCUCGUCUGACUACCAGAGGAUCCCUGACAAUUCAGAUAUGACAGUUGAAUGUGGGGCCAGCAUGAUCACGCUAGAGAUCAACCUGUGCACAGCUCAGUGGGCAGGCUUCAACACCACAGACCUGGCUCUGAACGGGAAGCACAACACCACCGAGUGCCAGGGCACCAUCGACAACAGUGUGGACCCUGCAGUUAUCCGUUACAAGCUUCCUGUUAACGACAGUCAGGAGAACCCCUGCCGCCAUUCUCUGCAGAUUGUGGAUGAGGCCCCGGACCCCUCAGGUCCCUUCAGCAGCUUUUCAAGUAUCCAGUCAGUUAUCAUCACCGGGUUCAUUGACACACCCCGAACUGACCAGGGGCUGAUCAGCUAUUCCACAGACCUCUACUAUCACUUCUCCUGCCGAUACCCGCUGGAAUACCUGAUCAACAACACACAAAUUGUGGCCUCCUCAGUGUCUGUUGCGACCAGCGAUAACAAUGGAACCUUCAUUGAUACACUUAAAAUGAGUGUUUUUAAUGACUCAGACAAUAUCUACCCUUUAGCAGUACCUUCGACAGGACUUGAGCUCCGAACCAGGAUCCAUGUGGAGGUCAAGGCUGUUAACCUCACAGGAACUUUCUAUAUACUGCUGGAUCACUGCUUUGGCACUCCCACUGCUUACAACAUGUUGAACAGUGAGCAGCACAACUUCUUCACCGGCUGUUCAUUGGACCAAAGGACAUCUGUGACAAGCAAUGGCCUUUCCAAGGUCGCCCGCUUUAACUUCGAGGCCUUCCGCUUUGUUCAGCACCGCGACCAGGCAAAGUCCAGCAUCUAUCUGCACUGCAUACUAAGACUCUGUGAACCAACCAAAUGCCAAGAGCUGCUGUCUGGCUGUAAUGCCAGAAGAAAAAGGUCUGUGACUCCUUUUGGGAAAGAAAGCAGUGAAUCUGCAACAAUUUCAGUUGGACCUCUUUACACUGGCAGAGAAGAGAGGCCAAAUGCAGCUGCAUACAGUUCUGACGUGGCACCAGAGAGGGAUGAAGUGAACGUGACUGGCCUGGUGGUAGGAGUUGUGUUCGGCUCUGCAGCUAGUGCCUUGCUGGUUCUGGGCGGCUGGUUCGCCCUGAAGAAGUUUUAUUGGGCAGGAGGAUUACCUCGUGCUUUUAACUGACAGACAACUGGCAAAUUGUCUUCUCCUUGUCACCUCAUACCUCAUACUAUAUUGUGACUUAUUCUGAGAACCAAGUAUCUGAUAAUGUUAUGAUUUGUCGGUAAUACUACAUGUUCUUGUCAGGUGACCUUUGGAACUAGGGAAAAAGAUUAGUAUUUUAUAUCAC